UCGGUCGUCCUGCAAGGCAAGCCAUCUGUCGCUUCGACGAUCGUCUUUCUCUUUCCCGAUGGUAGCGGUGCCGGGACAUCUUAUGCCAGCCUCCCACCUAUAUCCCCCUCGAUUUGUCUCAUUGGCCUCAACUCCCCUUUCCUCCGCCAAGCCGAGCACUUCACCUGCUCCAUCGAGCACGUAGCUCGUCUCUGGUUGGAGGAAGUCAAGAGAUUCCAAUCGGCCGGCCGUUCGUAUGUUCUUGGAGGCUGGUCGGCGGGCGGGUACUACGCUUAUGAAGUGGCCAGGCUGUUGGUGGUGGAGGGAGGGAAGGUCGAGAGAUUUAUCUUGAUUGACUCGCCCUGUCGACUGGUGUAUGAAGCGUUACCGGAGCAGGUAGUUGCUGAGUUGACGAAGAAGGGACUCAUGGGUGCAUCUGGGGCGAAGAAAGCGCCUGAGUGGUUGGUGCAGCAUUUCACCUCCACGGUGUUGGCGGUUGAUAGGUAUAUGCCGGUGCCGAUGGAGGAGCGAGAUGCUCCUACAAAGGUCAACUUCGUAUGGGUGAAGGAAGGACUUGUGGAAGACGUGGAGAGGUCGGGCCUGGAGGUGGACUUGAGCGUAAAGGUGACAAAGUUCUUGCUCGAGCCUAGAGGAGACUUGAAGACGGAAGGGUGGGACAGGUUGUUGCCGGGUGCGGAGUGUUCCUUUGAUUACAUGACUGGGAACCACUUCCAGAUCACACAG